AUGACGGUGCCAGCAGCAGCGGCAGCAGCAGCAGCAGCAGCAGCAGCAGCAACCAUGGGGAUGCCGCCUCCGGACAAGUCGGCAGCGGCCGGCCUUUUCGUCCAGUGCACUCUGCGCGCAAAAAGUGCAAGAGUAUUUGCGAGGUUGAUCCUACGACCAAGAAAUAUCUACGACAUCCCAAGGUUGGAACGCCGCGAGUAUAAAAGAGUCAUCUUUGCUGUAUUAUUGCGGCUGCCUGUCAGGCAGGUGCUUGCACCGGUACUAGGAUCUCAGGCACGCAUCACUUUGAAGGCUCCCUAUUAG